GCGACCUUUCCAACCAUUUAUCUUUCACCACACCCCUUCAAUUUUAGCACAGCUCAUUCACUGAACUCACACAACAUUUACACAGUUCUAUUGACCCACCUAAAAUUCACCAUUUAUCACCCGCUUCAAUCAGCUCGCAAAUAGCAGCUGACCCUAAUAAAUAUCGCGAUCGCCAUAUCUCAAAUCCUCUUCAAAAACAGCCUCCCGUCACUCGAAGUCAAUAUGCACCACUUACAAGCCUGCUUUUCUUCCAAAAUUCAUCAAGACCAGAAUUAUUAGUCGGAGACUCUUUUCUCGAGCUAUACUCAAAAUGCCAGAUAUAGCACGCAAUCGUAUCGAGAUUUGGCGUAGCGAAGUCGAGUCACAGACAUCGUCGCAGUCGGGUGUAGCAGUGGAUAUGGGGUGGAAUGCACCGGUUGUACAACCACAGAGCUUUUGGAGACGGGUACUCGGAUUGGGAUAUAGCGGCAGCGGAAGCGGCUCUGGUCGUGGCAACGAAGUUGGGAAUGGAAGUAGAAGUGGAAGCAGAAGCAGAAGUGGAAGCAGCAGGAGCGUGAGCAUAGGCAGGAAACUUGGGUUGGUGAAAGGAGAGAUUGAACGGACUGGGAUGUAUGCUGUGAAGAUUAAGGGAGAUAAGGAUAUGUCUGAAAGAGGAAGGGACUUGAAGGAGAGAGAACGAAGCGGAGAGAGGGAUGGAGAAAGUAGUAUGAAGCUUGGUGGUAGUGAGGAAAGUGUGAGGGGCGGAUUGAGGGAAAGAAAAAACAGGUUAGAGAGGGCAGCUAAACUUUUGAGAAAGAAUGAAGGAGCGAGGGAGGAUGGUCAGAGGGGUUAGAUUGUCUUGUUUAUGGGUAUCUUGAUGAAUUAUUGGUAUUGCAGAGUCGAGUUGGGAUAAGUGGCAAUGGGUUGCGGUGCAGUACAUCAUUCAUGACACAGGAGAGUCAGAACUAGCAUUGGACAGCUUGACGGGUGGGGCUAUGUACUACAACCUCAAACAAGGUCACACGGAAGCUUCCAAGUACCUCAUGAAUAAUCCAACAUUAUCAAAUUUGACCAAACUCCUGGCUGUAGACUGUUCGAACGGAGUUGGUGACUUGAAACGAGCGUUGUGAAACAUUCAAUGAGAGUUCACCA